AUGUCACCAAAUGCAAAGGGUAAAGUUGUCAUUGAGGAAUUACCAGAAAAUGAUGAUCAAGGGGCUGAAGUUGAGGGUCAAGUUCAUGCAGAUUCUCCAAUGAAAAAUGUGAACCAUGGUAAUGGUGAGCCUAUUGGUGAGUUCAUGUCUCUGAUUCUUUUUGGGAGUAAGAAUGAUAGUUUCUCACCAGAGUAUAGAAGGGGUAGGGUUGGGAAUUCCAAAAUAGGUGAAAGUUCUUGUAGCAAGAGGCUUAAUUUAGAUUAUAUUGAUGAGGUUGUUCACAUUUCAAAGGAAAAGAAUGAUGAUCUGGAUGGUUCAACUAAUGUUCAGGAGGCAGCAACUUGUGUUCAUAUUGAUGAGAUGGAUGGUGUUAGGGAGGCUGCAAAUGUUGUUCAAGAGGCAUCAACUUUUGAUGAAGAAGGCUACAACACCCCCCUGUUAAUAAUGCUGAUGAACAAUUGA